AGCUUCACGUCGCAUACCUCCAAAAAACCUUAGCUGCUCUAACCGCAGAAGAAAGCUACUCUACCUAACUUUUGGUCUCGAGACGGAAUAAAUAGUGGAGUGGUGAUAAUGGCCCCCGUUCCUAUUCUCGGAUACUGGCCAAUAAGAGGGCUCGGUCAACCAAUCCGCCUUCUUCUCAAAUACACCAAUGAAGAUUUCGAGGACAAGAGAUACGCGCUUGCCUCAGGUGGCAAACAAAACGAAUGGUUUAUUGAAAAAUAUAAUCUCGGUCUAGACUUUCCCAACUUGCCGUAUUUCAUAGAUGGAGAUAUCAUGAUAACUCAAAGCAACGCGAUUUUGCGCUACAUCGCUAGAAGGCACAACAUGUGUGGGAAAACAAAAAAGGAGAUGGUCAUCGUUGAUAUGUUGGAAAACCAGCUCAUGGAUUUCCGGAAUAACUUCAUCACACUUACAUAUCGUGAUCGUCAAAAUUACGAGAAAAACAAAGCUGUAUAUUUAAAAGACAUUAAGGCUGUGAUUAAAAGGUUUGCUGACUUUUUGGGCGAGAAAACUUAUCUGGCUGGGGAAGAACUGACAUUUGUUGACUUUGUAAUGUACGAGUUAAUGGAUCAUCACCGACUCUUCGAGCCAUCGCUCCUUCAACCCCACGAAAAUCUCAAGAUGUUCUUGAAUCGCAUUGAGCAACUUCCCGCUGUUGCCGAGUACAUGAAGUCCGAGGAAUUCAUUCAUCGGCCAAUCAACGCUCCUUUCGCUUCCUUUUAUUGAUGCCAUGGUGUUUAGAAAAAAAUAUUAUCCAAUAAUCAAUUAGUAUAUAGCGUGUACACAUCAUUUUGAUCUGGAGGGGCACAUUCAGCUCUUUAUUUGCACAAAAUUUAUCUUCUCGUUUCCCUGUUAAACACCAACUUUUUAGUGACGCACGUAAAAGUUUUAUGCCUUUAUAGAACCCAGUCGUUUAGAAUUAAUUAACUACAGAAAAUUACGGUUUAUGCCGAAAUUUUCUGUAAAAAAAAAUCCAUUUUCAGGGAGAUUUUUAGACCAAUCCAGAGAAAUUUUUAGACCACUUUUGUCGGGAUUAAUGUAUAAAGGCUCACAAGAUCCACGUGUCGUCUUCAUACCUAAUUUUUUGUGUAGGCAUUAUCAAAAAACGAGAGAGGACCUAUCUCGUUUUUUUAAAGGAAAUAAGAUGUUUUUGGGUUUUUUUGUAUCCUUCUAAAGGCACGUUGUUGACGGUGAAAUAAAAAGAAAAAAAACAA